ACCCAACUGUCACAUAAGGAACUGUGAACAUUUCAUUAUUAACCAACCAGUGAAUAGAGAAUACGUUCCUGAGCGGAGCUAAAUAUAGAAAUUUGUUUAAAUUCAACUGAUAGUCGGGAACGCAAAAUGCAGCAAAUGCAGGCGGUGCAUCGCGAUGAAAGGCAGGUGGUGAAGCUGAAGAAGACCUCGUACUUGCCCCAUCUGUUCAACCUGGUCUUGCCGAAGAUGUUCUACCCCAACCGCAUUGUGGUGGAACGGCUCUAUCUCGAAGUCCAUAAGCACGACAAGGAGGCAGCCGAAUACUUCGAGGGCUUCCAGACGCCCUGCUUCGAGAUGCCCGCUUCCCUGUUCCCGGGUGAGGCACCGCUGGACAAGUUCGUCUUCAUGCCCACGGUGAUGUUGCCCAUGGGCUUCGAAGCCGGCGGAGUUUUUGGCCCUGGUGUCCUUCCACGGCGUUCCUAUCCCAUCGACCUGAUGGCCUCGGGUCACAAGGGUCAAACCCCUCCGCUGUUCGUCGGUCUGCGCAGCCUGAACGUCCAGCUGCCAUCGGGGAUCGAGAGUUUCCUGGACACCGUGGUCGAUUACCCGGCCGGCCAGGAAGGCGAACAGUCCAAGGUACUGAUGCAUAGCAAUAAUUGCUCCUUGUCGUUAGCAUACAACUUGCCGGCUCCACCGACUCCACCGUCGCCCUAUCCAUUUCGUCCUGUCCCGGUGCAGUACAACAUUUACACCCCGGAUCUGUCCAAUGUCCACAUGCUCAUGCUGCAGCAGCGCAACCCGACGGUGGCCCUGCUGUCCACCGUGAACCAUCCGCAUGUUCCCGCCGUGGCAUUCGCCACCAUGGGCGAUGAGGAGUGCCCCAAGUUCGAGCUGCCCAGCGGUGUCUUCCCCAUCUGUGAGGGCGUCAAUCGCCCCAUCUUUCUGCCCAAGCGUUUCUUGCCCAAGGGAUUCGAAGCCGGCUGCGUCUUCAAGCCGGCCAGUCUGCCGAAGUUGUGGUUCGGGAAGAACAUUGGCGGUUUCAACCGACCACAGCCGCAGCACAACAGUGCCAUCACACCACCGCUGUUCGUGGGCAAGAUCUCCCUCGUCGUGAGUGCUCAUCAAUUGGCCAAGGAACUUCAACUGCAGGGCGAGCAGAAAGAUCAGUCCCUGGCAGAGGAGGGAUCACUUAAGGUGGUGGAGCCCAAUAGGGGCUUCAUUCCCGUUACCCAGGGCUUCCUGGUAAUGGAAACGGAGCAGCAGACACCUCCGCGGGGUGCUUACCGCUUGGAGAGCUACCAGAAGGCCAGCGAGAAGGGAUGCGUUGUGAUGGCCACCAAGGAUGAGGGCAUCGAAGCCACUGACACUCUUCUACCGAAGCUGGAAUCGAAACCGGAGGACAAGAAGAAGUACCUCUCGUGCUUCAAAGUUGACAGCGACAUUGAUCUGAUGGCCGAGGCCAUGGCCGACAUGGGCACCGUCGAGAUGAGUCUGUUGGCCAAGGAGGAGACACUGCCCGGUGUCGAUGGUCCAGGCGCCUUGGAUCAGCUGCGCCAGGUGCUCGAGGGUCGCAGCCAGAUCCGCAGCCACACCGACCAGCUGAUCCAGGAUCACAUCUACAGAAUGGAUCGCAAUCGCAGGCUGGCCCUCCGCCAGCCAUUUGGGCCUUGCCUCGGAUGCGGCACGCUCGAAAGAAAGUAAUGUUCCAAAUAUGUAAUGCUUGAUAAACGUGUAAUAAAUAUUAUCAAUCGAUUAGCAA